AUGUCGGGCAAAUACGCCUUCACCAAGUCCCUCAAGGAAGUGCGCUUCUUGUUCUGCCAAACUUCCGAGCAGAGCGCCCCUGUGCGAUCGUUCCUCACGCGCGCCUAUCCCACCAUGAAGAAGAACAACCCCCAGGUUCCCAUCCUCAUCCGCGAGGCUCAAGGGACCCUGCCCAAGAUAUACGCCAGAUACGAGUUUGGAAACGAAAAGUCGCAGUCAUUGGAAGGCUUGUCGGAUAAGCAGAUCGAGGAAACAGUCACCGGGCUGGUCAAGAAUGCGUCGUGA